CUCUCAUUCAUUCAUAUUCAUAAUUAACCUCUCUUUCUUCUCUAAUCUUUCUCUCUUUCAAUUUAACUCACGCAGAAAAAUCAUAACAUGGCAUAAACCUCGCUUCAAUUAAUCUAAUUCAACUUAAUUUAACCUAAUUGCAUUGCGUCUCUAAAAUUCCAAGAAUUUCAAUCACAAACGAAUUCUUCUCGAAUUCGAGAAUAUCCAUGCCACCGUGGUUUUCCUCCAUUGCCCUCUCAAAAGAGAACUCUUUUGAUUUCGUCGCGAAAUUCGUGCAAUUUACCAGCCAUGUCUACUGAUUCUCAUCCACCUAAUCUAUAUGCCAAAGGGCUUCUUUGUAAUGCUGGUGCUGGUGCUGCAGCUGGAGUUAUUGCUGCUACGUUUGUGUGUCCUUUAGAUGUGAUUAAAACCAGGUUUCAGGUUCAUGGGACUCCUCAGCUUGCUAAUGGAAGUGUUAGGGGUAGUCUUAUAGUUGGUAGUUUGGGACAGAUAUAUCACAAGGAGGGGAUGCGUGGCAUGUAUCGCGGGCUAGCCCCGACUGUUCUGGCCUUACUUCCAAAUUGGGCUAUUUAUUUUACCAUGUACGAGCAGCUCAAGAGGCUGCUUUCUAAUGAUGAAAGCCAUCAUCUUUCAGUUGGAGCUAAUGUGGUAGCUGCUUCAGGUGCCGGAGCUGCAACUACUAUGGUUACAAAUCCAUUUUGGGUUGUCAAAACUAGACUCCAAACCCAGGGAAUGAGACCCGGUGUUGUGCCGUAUAGAAGCACACUAUCUGCUUUGAAGAGAAUAGCUCACGAGGAGGGCAUUCGUGGGAUGUACAGUGGUCUUGUACCUGCUCUGGCUGGUAUCAGUCAUGUAGCCAUCCAGUUUCCAACAUACGAGAAAAUAAAAUUUCAUUUAGCAAAUCAAGAUAACACAACAGUGGAUAAGCUCGGCGCACGUGAUGUUGCAAUUGCCUCAUCAGUCUCCAAAAUUUUUGCAUCCACGUUGACAUAUCCUCAUGAGGUUGUUCGAUCCAGAUUGCAAGAACAAGGACACCACUCAGAGAAGCGAUACUCUGGUAUGACAGACUGCAUUAGAAAGGUAUUUCAACAAGAGGGACUUUCUGGAUUUUACCGUGGGUGUGCCACCAAUCUUCUGAGGACAACCCCAGCUGCCGUAAUCACAUUCACCAGUUUUGAAAUGAUACACCGUUUUCUAGUUUCUCUUUCCCCUUCUGACCCACAAUAGCAUUCUUUGUAAAGAUGAGCCCGAUUCAAAAAAAGUUAGUUUAGUUGACAAAUAUUUCUUUUGAUGAUUAAAUUAAGAUCUCAUUCUUUGAGAUUCUUGAUUGUUUAUCACGUUAGAAGGUAGAUUUCCGCCCUCCCCAAAUCACACUUGUGCAGGGAGUAAUUGACUUGUAGGCGGACAGAGGUCUUGUUAUCAUAAAUUUUAAAAAGUGAUGAUGACGAUAAAUGUUAAGAAUGAACACAGUGCAUAUUUUAUUAUGAAACUGCUGACGAAUGAGAUCCAGCAGAACAUUCUCUAGUUCGACCACACUGCUUCACAUCUCAUGCAUAUAGGGUCUUCGAGUCAUUUGUUUUUCUGUUAGCCAUGCCAGAUAGAAGUAGUACGAUUGACUGCUACUACUUUAUUUCUGUUGAACUGUUAAAUAUACCUAAUAGAUGAUAUUACCGCUGCCCCUAUA